AUGGAGUUAUCGUCUGGGCCUCCCUACUCAGAAUUCGACAAAUUGACCAAUGCCAAACCGUCUAAUUCGACCGACUGCAAGGUGGUAACAAUAGCAUGUUCAGCUCUUCUUGAGAACAUUCUCAAUCUUGAACUCAAUGACCGAUUCAUUAGGCCAAAAAGUUGGUUGACGGGAUGCUCCGCGGCACGCGAGAUUCAUCCGAAGAGAAACUCCAGAAACCACCGGAUCGUACGAAUUGUGAUAAAAGAUGAACAUCCAAAAUCAACUUUUGCAUUUUCAAAAUAAAUAAUCGCUUUUUUUUCAAUGUUUUUGACUCCAAAAACUUGCCAAAACGCCGGGUUUAUUUGUAAUGAGCAGAAUAAGUAAUACAUUUUGUAAACCUUCUGUAGGUCCUAAAUGCAAUAACUCUGAACUCUUUCCAACUAAUAUUUUGGUUCUCCGAAUUCGGUCUAUCUGUUUUCGUAGGAUGAGACCCAAAAAAUUAAAAACCGCUUCAUUUUUGCGCCAGAGUUCGUCCACCAUGCCAAUUUGUUUGCUCAUCGCAGGAACGAAACCAAUGAUCCAACCAGGGACACGAGAAAAGAAAAAAACUCGAGAGAAAAGGUGUCUGAUUCGACGGCCCAUCGGUGAGCCGACACGAGCUUAACCUCAGUGGCGCCGUCGGGCAAAUAUCGCCCGUAUGGAAAUAAACUCCUUGCAAACUAUGUGUAUAGAGUUCGGUUUUCUUCUCUAUUUUUUUCUUCGGCUUGCAACAUGGAUGUUUCAAAACAAAUUGUUCAUCUUCCCGGGUGGAAAGUAGUAACACCAAAACUCAAUCUGAGAUCCUAUCCCUAAAUAGGUCGCAGGUCAAGCCUGCGGCGUGCCUAUGGAGUUCGAAAAGAAGCGAUAUGUCAACCAAGUAAAGGACAAGAAAAACUGA